AUGGUUCCCGAUGAGAGCAACUCUGCAAAGCCGUCUUGUCCCAAUGCGAAACCACGACGGGAGUCUUUCCAAAGAAAGUCGACCCUUCACCAGAACCGCCUCACCAUCGGGGUGUUCUCCCUGUUCCCCUGCACUGGAAGCCUUCUGCCUGGGUGCCAGCAGCUGGUAGCGGUGGACUGUGUAGCUGAGCAGCUGGGCUCCUGGAGCCAGGGUCUGCUCUUCGACAUCACCGGCCGGAACCCAUUAGAGCAUCCUGACGGCAUACCCUACCGACUGCUGGCUGAUAUCUGCAAGCCAGGCAUAGUGUUAGACAUGGCCUCCAUCUUUGAGGAGCACCAUCUGUGCCAGAACAGUAGCCAGCUCUCCUCUGAACAGUUCGGCACAGCUGAAAGCGUCUAUGUUCUGGAUGAGAACAAAUUCAUCUUCCGCAACGCCCUGGUUGGGCAAACAGCCAAAGCCCGUUUCAAAAUCACCAAUAACAGCAAAGUCCACUGCGUGCUUAAUAUGGCCAUCAAAGGCGUCGGGCCAAAAACAUCUCGAAAUGUGGAGGUGUUUGAUUUGUCUACGACCACACUGAACAUACCCAACCAAUCCCACGCUUUCGCCGUGGUCACCUUCACUCCUCAUUCGGUGCAUCAGUACUCUGCAGUGUUUGAGGCCACAUUGGAGGGACUUUACAGAGCAACGCCUACGUCAAAGAGCAAGGUGCUGGAGUUCGACCUAAUGGGCGAGGGCACUCUGCCCAGUGUGGGUGUGGAGCGUCCGUCUCUUAGGAGCAGCAAAGGAACCCCGAUGCUGGCGUUCAGGCGAGUUUUGGUGGGGAGAAGGCACACCCUGCCGCUGGUGCUGCUAAACGAUGGAAAUGUUCCAGCUCAGGUCCAGAUUGACAUGUUGGAUAAAAACAGAGUGUUCACCCUUAAAGCUGCUCCUGGCAACACCUGCAGCUCCAUCCAAUCCACUCAGCUGGAGGGUCCCACUGACUCAGCUCCAUUCCAGCUGCAAACCGUCUCUAAAGAGGGCGACAGCAGCGAGCACUCGGAUGAGAUGCUGCAGCGCCGGAGGAAAGAAGGCGACUGA